AGGAGCAAGGUCUCUUUUCCCAUACUGAUAAACACCUGACUGCAUCCAGUCCACACAUCCCCACUGUCUGGUAGCAUCAUGUGGGUUCUUGAUAAGAUCCGUGGUUCAGUGGAGACUGGCGUGCUGCGACAGACGGAGAAUGGAGACAAGAAAGGUGUCCCCUACAGCAAUGUCCUCACCCCAGACAAAAUCCCAGACUUUUUUAUUCCCCCAAAGCUGGUCAGCUGUCCUCCUGAGCCUGAGGUUCCCAAUGUGAAGCCCAAAGAGUGCAUGCAACCAUCCACAUCUGAGCAGACCAUAGGCAGUGGGAAGAAAAUCAGCACUCCUCGAAGCCCACGUCUGGUGGCCAAGAUUGCAGGAGACACAAAGAACCUGCUGAGAGCAGCAAACCGACACAUUAUACAAAUCGAAAGUGCAGAUGAUGUUGUGGCUGGAGACACCAAUGCAGACCCGCAGUCACAGACGGCGAUGUCUCUGCCCUACGUCCCCAAGACACAGACGUCAUAUGGCUUUGCAACGUUGAAGGAAAGCCCCCACACGCGCCGCAAAGAGUCCCUGUUUCACUGCGAGCUCACCAGUCCCAUCACCUCCCCGAAUACGCAGAGGAAGACUACGGGCAAAAGCAGCGAGGCAGGAAACCACUUGAAUCCAGCAGACUUCAACACCUCUCACAUGAAUCCUUACCGAUACUUCAGCGGUGGAGAGAGUGACACCUGCUCCUCGGCUGAGUCCUCUCCCUUCAGCUCUCCUCUGCUCUCCCGCUCUGCGUCUCUUCUCAAGAUCUUCACACAUGAGACGCAGGCCAAAGUGGUGAAGGUCAAGCGGACUUUUGCCCGCCACAGCUCGCUGUCCACGGAUGAGUGCAGCUCCGCUGAGCCGAGCCCCAAUAUUCAGCGCCGGCUACACAUCCCCUCCCUGCAAGGCGGCGCCGGCGCUUCUGACCACAGCGUUCAUCGGGAGCAUACCAUCAAACUGCACAAGGGAGGGACGGUGAGGAUCAGCGCGAACUACGACUCCAGCACCUCCCGUCUGCUCAUCCGCGUCUUUGCGGCAGAAAGUCUUUAUGACAAGCACUUUGACAUAAAGAGCAUCAACUGCUGCGUGUCCGUCUACCUGAACCCCGGCAAGCUGCAGAAGCAGAGGAGCAACAUCAUCAAGAACAGCCGCAACCCCAUCUUCAACGAGGACUUCUUCUUUGACUCCAUAAGUUCGAUUCAGGUGAAGAACCUGUCUGUGAAGUUCAAGGUUGUGAAUAAAGGCACCAGCCUCAAGAGGGACACGCUGCUGGGCGAACGAGAGGUGCCUCUGACAAAGCUGCUUUCAGGGCUGUAAAGCUGCGCGACCCGGAGGU